AAAGACCAGGGGAUGAAUGAACACUACAUUACUUUAAAGCAGGCAAAUCUUCUCAACUUACAUCUCCUUUGACGAGUCAUUUUUUCUUUUCAGUAUAUACAAAUCACUCUUCCUUUCUCUCCAUUCCCUCGCACGUAACCAUUUUACCAUGUGCUGCACUUUCGUUUCUUCCGGUUUUAUACUUACUUAUUGCACGCUUCGCUUGGUGUACACACAAACGUUGCCUUACGGUAAUUUACCCUUUAUUAUGCUGCCAAUCCUUCGUUGUUUUGAUAGUUCAAAACUCUGUGAACCUAGCCUUUACCAUAUAAUUGUCCUUUUUCUCUCUGGUGGCAAAAUGGAAAAUGUUAUCCGUUGUCUCUCUACGUGAGAAGCCUUCUUUUUUUUUUAUUAUUCUUUCUACAAUUUCUUAAGCU